AGUGUGAUGACAGCGCGUGCGGCCGCGCUGAGGUGUCACGAGCGUCCCCAGCAUCAGAUGAGAUCACAGCUGCUCAGACGACAUGGCCCCCAGAGACCCUCUGCUGUCCUCUCUGAAAGUGUGUGUCCUGAACCUGCAGUCACACGGAGACACGGUGACGGACACCAGCCCUCACCUCGCCUCCUGCUGCGAGCUCCUUGAACUGGUCCUGAGGAAGGGGCUCCAACAGCCAGUUCUCAGUCUGGUCCACAGAGACUACUGGCAGUGUUUCGAACAGCUUCCCCACCAAGACGCCUGUGGCAGGCUGUCUGCUCUGUCCUUGGCAGUGGAACAGACCAGAGUUUGCAGGAAGCUCCUCUCUGCUCAAGGCCGGGGCCGCUACCUGCUCCGCCUGGCCCUCAGCCGCAAGGCCCUGCCACAGUUCAUCACACACCUGCUGCACACGCCCAGAGUCCUAGAGUGGUACAGCCCGGCUUUAUCAAUUCUCAGGAAUGAGGAAUUUGUGGAGCCAUUCAUGUCCCUGCUGCUCGUCCUCUCUCACAUGAACUUUCAACUGGACAUGGAGAAUUGCAGUUUUCUGGAUGAGACCUGUCUCCUACCGGUGUGUGAAAUAUACGAAGUAGUGCCCUGUCGGGAAGUCGGGCUGGUGUUGAGGUAUCUCAGCAGGCGCGUCUUUGUCCUCGACUUGGUGCCGGGGAGUCAGGCUCACGUGGACAAAAUCGUCUGUCCCGGUGACAUCAUUGAUGACAUCAACGGGACCUCACUGAGGAAUUCCAAGUGUGGACAGCUGCUCCACAACUACCACAAAACUCAAAACCGUCUGUAG